GGCGGGUGCGUGGGUGGACGGUAUGUUAUGUCGUUGUUUUUUUUGUGUUUGUUUGGUACUGUUACUGUUACUGUUGUUCGCACUCGCAUGUUGCUAUGCAUGUUGCUAUGCUAUACAUCAUCACCCUCCACUCUCUACAUCUCUACACCUCUACAUCUCAUCCUGUCGAUUGGUUCUGGCUUGGUUCCUUGUUCCUUGUUUUGCGUGCUCGGGCAUACUUUUCCUCUAUCUCUCUCUCUCUGGGAUCGGGUCUCUCUCUGUCAUUUUGCUGCUACGGCUGCUGCUGCUCUCUUUUGUGGAAUCGGAUGGAAUUGAACGGAUGGGGAUGGGGAUAAGUGUUAGAUGGGGA